AUGCGCCUGUUGGAAGUCAACGAGGAUGACAGCCACAGCCUUCGGGAGCAUCCCCCAGAGGACGUCCCGCCAUAUGCGAUCCUCUCGCACACCUGGAGAGCCGAUGACCAGGAGACUGCGUCGGAUGGCCUGAAACAUUUCUGGAUAGCAGCCAGGAGCUUCAAGAAGCGAUCAACUCUAUGUCUCAUAGUCAAUGUGGUAUUCCCAAUCCUCAUCCUGGCUGGAUGUCGAGACUCAACCUCGAGCGCCUUCAGUCUGUUCAAUCCUUAUCGGAGGAUGAUUGAGAUGUUUGUCGGGGAUGAUUGCGCUAGUCUUGCCACGGAGAUUAUCCCCGACGAAUAUCGCAUUAGUUUGACAAGCUCCUGUCGUGUCUUCGGCGAUGAGGUCACCUGCCGCUCCCACUUCCCGCCAGCCCUGGACUGGGUUCGCCUAUUGGAAGCCGACAUCGCAGCAUCAGCAGACAACGAGACCAUCGCCAUCUGCACAGCGCCUUUUGCGACCGUGGUUGGCCACUUUCCGGCGACCAAUGCAAUGGCCGCGACUAUCUUUGCGCUCCUUAUUUCAUCCACCGUCAUGAGCGUCGUGGUCGUCGUUACAUCGCUCAUAUCCGGAAAGGCCUUCGGACGCCCUGUGAUGCUGGUGACAGGAUUUGACGUAGUGCUUCUGGUGGUGUGCAUCGUGCUGUACGUGAUCAUCGCGCAAUACUUAAUAGGGCCGUACACCCACACCGAUAUCGCGGCUGUCACGAGCGAAAGAGUGGAUGACCUGGCUAUCCUAGGCAUUGGGUUCUGGCUUCUCAUUGCCGCACUCGUCGCGCGGGUAAUUGGGAAUCCUAUGGUCAUCUGGUCCCUCAUAACACUCCCCUUCAAUCAAUGCAAUGGAGGCGAUGCAGGACCUACAGGCGGAUUUGCAGAGGACUGGAGAAGCCUCGCGGCCAGGGUGGACUAUACAAAUCAGAAGAAAUAA